ACCCUCCUAAGCGAGAAGUACGGACGUGAUACUUCGUAGACUAGUUUCUCUACGGCCUUCCCCCGAACAUCAGAAGGAAACAAUCGAGAAUCUAAAAGUGGAGGGAAAGUGAGACCAGUGUGACGGUGUUGCGGGAUAGGAGACGGUGAACACCUGCGCGGCCCGGGCGCGCAGUUGUCUCUCUGGCCCCGGAGGCACCGGAUCUGGCUGUGGGGAGCUGGGGCGGAGGGGACUUCCCUGGCUUCGCCGCCACCCUGUGCCCAUCAGAGCGGGGAUGAGGGCGGUGGCGCCACCACCCUGAGGAGCGGUCUGAGAGGCAGACCCUAAACCAGCGCUCCGGGCCGGGGAGCGGAUCGGGGUAGUUCAGUGGGCUGGGCCAAGAGGCGCGGCCAAGCUGACCCGGGUGGCACCUGCGGGGACUGUCUUGUGAGCAGAGCCGAGCUGGGGCGCUCUGCGCGCCCAGAGAGGGGAUGAGUGACCAGGACCAGUAAGGACGAGGGAAGGGGUCGAUGGAGAAAGCUAGAGUCUCCCGGGAGAGAGCAGGGUUAUAGGGCUGGGUACUGGGGCUCCAGCAAGUCAAGGGAAGCCUUAGGAAACCACCCUUUUUUUGACCCUGGGGUUUCCCCCACUGCGCCUUGGCCUUACCCCAUCAUGCCCCCAGAGGAAGCCGAGGGAAGCGUCUUUCUGCCCACAUCUGCCGCCCUGGAGUCUCAGCUCGUCUCCCCUGGAGGGGGAGGGGCUUAAGGUCUCGCUGGGCGCAGGGCACCCAUGCCUUCUCCAGGAGUUUGGUGUGGAGUUUGCAGGAAACGUCUGAAUCAAAUUCAGGAGGUGCAAGGGCUUACUGAUCGCGCACUACUGGGGGCUGCAGAGCCUCCUCCCCUAGGGGGUCCCUGGUACCCACGGUUUAGGCUUUCCUUGUGGCUGGUUCCUGGGACUUCAGGAGAUGUGGGGCCUGUGCGCCUCUGGAGAUGCUCCUGGGCUGCCCCUUCCCCUAUAAUAGGGCCUUCCUCAGGUCCUCAGCAGGCAACUCCUCCUUUGAUGUUUCCAUGGAAGCUGAUAUAUGCUCAUCAGGCUUUCCCCCAUCUUUCAGGGCUCUAAUCCACAAGGCUAGUCUAGGGGCUGCAAACCUGCACAGCUGUUGAGGAGUCAGGGCAGACCCCCUGACCAGCCUGCAUUCUGAUGGGAAGUCAAGUCCUCCUCCCAGCAGCCACGAGGGGCAUGUGUGUGUGUAUAUAGUUGCUCAGUUGUGUCUGACUCUUUGUGACCCCAUGGACUGCAGCACACCAGGCUCCUCUGUCCAGGGGAUUCUCCAGGCAAGAAUACUGGAGUGGGUUGCCAUGCCCUCCUCCAGGGGAUCUUCCCCAUCCAGAGAUAGAACCUGGUAUUCUAGAACAAAGUAUUGCAGGCAGAUUCUUUACCUCGUGAGCCACUUUCCUGGCGGGGGAGGGGUAUAGGAUGGACUUUCUCAGGGCUGCCCUUCUGGGACCCCCUGGGAAUCUGAGUGACUGCUUCUGUCUGGAGCCUGCUUCUAUCUGGAGCGAAGCAGGGAUGGAGCGCUAAGGCACUGAAAUUCAGAACUCCUGGCAUUGGGACAGCUUGCCUCGGGUCUAAGCCCAUCUCCAGGCAGGAAGAAGCCUCCUUGGGGAGCUGAUGCUGAGCCUGGUCCUGAUGCCCCUAGAUGCAGGCAGACCUGUGGCUGAAGCUCCCUGUGUGGCAUGCUGGGCAGACCCUCUCUUGGCCCUGGCCAGGCUUUUGGUGGGAGGCCCUCUCCCGAGCCCAGCCCUGUGCUGCUAGAAGGGGCUGCACCUUACUGCCAAGAGGUCAGAGUUUGUGUUGUAGAGCAGUGCGGCGGGACUUGCCCUGACGUCCUCCUUGCCCUGGGCAGAGAAAUCGACCUUCCUGGCCUCUCAGUUCACCACCUCUGGCACAACUGUAGCCUGGACUAUGUGUGAGGGUCAUCAGGGAAGCUUGCCUUGCCCUCUGUCAACAGAACUUUCCUCAGUCCACCUUCUCGCACCCAGAAUGGCCCGCUGCUAUGACUGUCGCCCGUCUGUUCUAGGACCCAGGCCUUUGGGAGGCGUGGGGAUGCUACAUACACAAAUUGGAUGAAGCUCUCCAAUGCUGUGAAUCACACAAUGGAUGAUGACUGCCAGCGGGCUUGAGGGUUGGGGGAUGGGCUACAGGAUGAGAGAUGGAGCAUUUGGUCGGGGGGACCCUAAUGUGAUUUUCUCCACAUCCCUUCCCUCCCCCAGCUCAUAGUGAGUCAGGUUUCCGAGUUGUCCUGUCUGGCCACUUUCGUUUCCCCUAGGGCUGGGUGGAGGCUAGUUCAGAAAGGGGAACCGAGCCACCCAUCUUCUGAGACCUGGGGGCAGGGCCGGGUGCUCUCCCACCCUCUCUGUUGCAGCCCAGCACUGAGCACUGCUCUGGGGAGAGGCCCACAGACGAGAAUCCUUAGCAGCGUGGAGGUGGCACUUAGCCGCCACAACCCAGAAAGGUCCUACUUUGGUCCAGUAAGUGCAGAUGCCCAGGAGGGGCGAGUGGUGAGGAAGAAAGAACGGGAGGCACUCCUGCCUUUGAAGAGGUUGCCCACUGACCUGAAAAACGCCUGUGCCAUGAACCAGCCGGCCCCCGCCGCCCUGCUUCCGCCCCGCCGCGUGCGGCUGAAGCCCUGGCUGGUGGCCCAGGUCAACAGCUGCCAGUACCCAGGGCUUCAGUGGGUCAACGGGGAAAAGAAAUUGUUUUACAUCCCCUGGCGCCACGCCACGCGGCAUGGCCCCAGCCAUGACGGAGAUAACACCAUCUUCAAGGCCUGGGCCAAGGAGACGGGGAAGUACACCGAGGGUGUGGAUGAGGCCGAUCCGGCCAAGUGGAAGGCCAACCUGCGCUGUGCCCUGAACAAGAGCCGUGACUUCCGCCUCAUCUAUGACGGGCCCCGGGACAUGCCGCCUCAGCCCUACAAGAUCUACGAGGUCUGCUCCAAUGGCCCGGCUCCCGCAGAGUCACAGCCCAGCGAGGAUAACGCUGAAGAGGAAGAAGAGGAAGAACUCCAGAAGAUGUUACCAGGCCUGAGCAUCACAGAAGCAGUGCAGCCCGGCCCUGCCAUGGCACCCUAUUCUUUACCCAAAGAGGAUGUUAAGUGGCCACCCACUCUCCAGCCACCUGUGGUGUUGGCCCCCCCUGCUCCAGGCCCCAGUCUUCUGAUCCCUGCUCCUGGCAACGCCGCUGACUUUGGGGAGGUGUUUUCUGAGGUCCUGCCGAGCUCGCACCCGCAGCCUGGGCCCCUGUCUACCAGCCUGCCCCCCACAGGCGAACAACUCCUGCCUGACCUGUUGAUCAGCCCCCACAUGCUGCCUCUGACCGACCUGGAGAUCAAGUUCCAAUACCGGGGCCGGCCACCCCGGGCCCUCACCAUCAGCAACCCUCAAGGCUGCCGGCUCUUCUACAGCCAACUGGAGGCCACCCAGGAGCAGGUGGAGCUCUUUGGCCCCGUGAGCCUGGAGCAAGUGCGCUUCCCCAGCCCCGAGGACAUCCCCAGCGAGAAGCAGCGCUUUUAUACCAACCAGCUGCUAGACGUCCUGGACCGUGGGCUCAUCCUUCAGCUACAAGGCCAGGAUCUGUAUGCCAUCCGCCUGUGCCAGUGCAAGGUGUUCUGGAGCGGGCCCUGUGCCUCAGCCCAUGGCUCACACCCCAACCCCAUCCAGCGGGAAGUCAAGACCAAACUCUUCAGCCUGGAGGACUUUCUCAAUGAGCUCAUCCUAUUCCAGAAGGGCCAGACCAACACCCCACCCCCGUUUGAGAUCUUCUUCUGCUUUGGGGAGGAGUGGCCUGACUGCAAACCCCGGGAGAAGAAGCUCAUCACUGUACAGGUGGUACCUGUAGCAGCCCGGCUAUUGUUGGAGAUGUUCUCGGGGGAGCUUUCUUGGUCAGCUGACAGCAUCCGGCUACAGAUCUCAAACCCAGACCUCAAAGACCGCAUGGUGGAACAAUUCAAGGAGCUCCAUCACAUCUGGCUGUCCCAGCAGCAUCUGCAGCCUGUGGCCCAAACCCCUGCCAUGCCCGGCCUCAGUGCUGCACAGGGACCCUGGCCCAUGCACCCAGUUGACAUGCAGUAAGGAGGCUGCAGGAAGACACAGAGAUGAAGUGCCAUUCUCACCAGAGGAGAUGAAAUAAUGAAGUAGGCGAUCAUCCCUGGACUGACUUCUCCAAUACUGCAGGCAGUGCAGUGGCUACUGAGGAUCCUCCUUUGGCUUCUACUUGCAUUUUGAUUUCUUAAAUAAAACAAAACUGAAAGCAAAAAACAAAAAA